GCGUCGGCAACGCCGGGUGUGCCACCGUGGAGAAAGGCACGCUCGGCAGGAGCUUCGCGGAGAUGGCGCGACACGUCCAGGUCGUGUCGGUCGGCAGCUACUGCGGGGCGAAGCUCACGCUGCGCCGGCUCGGCCUCGGCGAGGCGCAUAUGCCGUUCGACUGGAUGCGCACCAGCGUCCGCGGGCUGAUCCACUGGCUGCAGCACGACUUCGAGGGCUUCCUGGACUGGACGAGCCGCCUCGAG